UUCCAGAAAAUUGAACAAAGAAGUUCAGUACUAUCGUUUAUACUACAGGUUCCCCGAGAAAAAACUAUUCUAAAAAAAGUGAUUAAAAUCAUUUACUUGAAUACAAUUCAUCAAUAAAUCAAAAUUGGUCAAGAUUUAAAACUACCUACAAACAAAAACAAAAAAAAAGUCGUGCAGACUUUUGUAUAGUUGCCCCGACAGCUUAUCUGAGCUGAGGAGAAAAAAAAAGUCUCAAUUUUCCGUCUGGUUGGUUAAUCAUUUUUCACAACGUCGUCAUCGACAUUUAAAUACUCUUUAGCUUAUGUAGUCUUAUCAUUUUUAUGUUUUAUAAUGAUAAUGAGAUUAUGACUUUUUAAUUGCAAUCAUUGGAAAAUCCUUAAAAAUCAAAGUGAAAGUGAUUUUUACUUGGGUGUAUUUGAUUUUUCAAACCGAAUAAGGUGCCCCCAGAUCAUUGCUGUGGUCGUGGUCUUGGUGGAGGUGUGCGGUGACGGCGACGGUGACAACCGACGACGACGACAAGAACGAAAGAGAGUGCACAGAAGGUACAUAAAUAAAGUAUCAGCUGAAAAGGCAGCACCAACAAAAAAGUAUCUCUAAAAACACUAGAAAUAUAGAAAUAAAAAAAAUACGACAAAUACGAAAAAUGCAUUUAGUUUUGCUUAAAAAUUUUGACAUUUGUUUCGGAAUACACGAAAAGAGAAAAAUUAUAAAUUGAGUAUGAGUAUCAGGGCUACAUAAAAAAAAAACUACUACCUCCUUCGAUGAUGAAAAAGUCAGAAUAGGAGCUCGAAUAUUCAAUUAAAUUCUAUCUAAAAAUCUAUUGCCCGAUUUGGUAUUGCUCUCAGCGGAUUAGAUAGACGAUACCCGACUCCACCUUUAGGACGGGUUCCUAAAAAAAGGUGUGAAGCUGUGUAAAGUGCUUGGCUUUAAAAAUAAAAAAAAAAAACGAGAUAAAUUUUAUUCUCAUUCGACGAAAUUGAUUGAAAUCCCCUCUGACGAUGUCGAAACCAUCGGCGACCAUGUCGUCGCCUUCUUCGUCGUCGUCGUCAUCAUCAGAGAUUGGACCAAACCUGCUGAAGCAAAUAGUGGCUAGACAGCUUCAGCAGCGUAACCCUCAGGCCUUCCAAUCGCAUCUGUUUCGUGAGCGAUUGCGUUUGGCCAGAAAUUUGUAUAAAUUCGAUUUAAUUGCUCACUAUGGGUGUGUAAAUGCAAUUGAGUUUUCAAAUGGGGGUGAUUUUCUAGCUUCAGGUGGUGAUGACAAACGCAUUCUAAUAUGGGAUGUCGAAAAAGCCAUUGCUGGAGUUGAGAAACCUCGAGUACUGGACUCGGAGCAUACAAGCAAUGUUUUUUGCUUAGGAUUCGACCGACUCAAUAGAAAAGUAUUCUCGGGUGGAAAUGAUGAUCUAGUUAUUGUGCACGACAAUGAAACCGGUAAACUUCACAAUGUAUACAAACAUGAGAAACCAGUCUAUGGACUAUCAAUUGAUCCCACAUGUGACGAUAUUUUUGCGACUGCAUGCGAAGAUGGACAAAUACUCGUUUUCGAUCAACGUAUUGAUCCAGCUGAUCCUCUUGUUGUAGCUAAAUAUCGUGCAUCAUUUCAUGCUGUACAAUUUCAUCCAUUUGGGGGAAAUUAUCUUGUCACAGCCAAUUCAAAACGUGGAGCUGCUUUUUGGGAUAUCCGAAAACCCCACAGCCCCGUCAUUCAAUACGGUUUCGAUGAGAGCCAUCCAAGUUACAUGAGUGUAAGGUUCAACAGUUUUGGUAAUCUAAUUUUAGCACUUCGUCGACGUCUUCCACCGAUCUUGUAUAAUACAUUCUCAUCCGAACCAAUUUGCCAAUUCUACCAUCCGGAUUAUUAUAACUCGUGUACCAUGAAAAGUUGUACAUUUGCUGGCGAAGACGAUGAAUUGGUGCUAUCCGGAUCAGAUGAUUUCAAUUUGUAUGUCUGGCGUGUAUCUGAUGCAGAUUUGGAAUUGACUGAUCAAUGGAUUGAAUCAACACAAAUGGUACUUUACGGACAUCGUUCAAUUGUUAAUCAGGUGCGAUACAAUCGUGAGAAAUGUAUUCUGGCUUCGUCGGGAGUUGAAAAAAUCGUUAAGCUUUGGAGUCCAUUUAAUCAAAAAGACUGGACUGGAUCGCUAAUGGAAGAAGCUACAUGUUCUGAAAAUCCCCGAGAUCUCUUCUCGCCAUUUACUUUCCCUUCAUUGACACCACAAAGCUGGUCUCAUAUGCCGCACGACUAUAGCAGUCGCAAUACAAAUGAAGAUCCAAGGAUGAUGGCAUUUUUCGAUUCACUCAUUCAACAAGAGAUUGAAGGCUGGGAUACUAAUAACUCAUCUGACUCUCAACUCGCAUCAGAUGGUGGCGAAAGUACACAUAGUCCAAAUAAUAGUUCGAUUGAAGACUCAGAUGAACAGGAAUUGUUACGUUAUUUUGUUCGUAAAAGAGAACGCCAUCGUAAAAAUUCUAUUUUAAAUAAAAUGAAAAUUCAAACACACAGAUAUGCCAAUCGUAUAGCUUACCUUAUUGCAACCAAACGGAAUACAUUGCGUCGGUUGGCAUUGAAGGGAGCUUCGAAUUCAAAUCGACGUCCACAGCGACUUAAUAUAGCUGGGAGAGGUACAUCUCAUCGAGCUGGGGCAAACAGUCGCAUAACUCAUAAUUCAAAACGUAGUGGCCGAGGGAAUCACUAUGGUUAUCGUGAUCGUGGCCAAGGACCCAGUGGCAGUGGUUUAACUAAUUCUCGUAGAAAAAAGAACAAAAAGCAAAGAAGAAUAUCUGUAAAUGUUACUUCGUCUGAUGAUGAUGAUCAAGUUCCUUUACCAAGCAAUCAUUUAAAUGUAGCUAUCCCGAGUACGAGUACUGGAAUUACUUCUAGUGGAAAAGAUGCAAUCCUUCGUCUACGACAACAGCAACUAUUGGUUGAAGAUUCCGACGAAGAUGAUGAUGAUGACGAAGUUAUUGUUCCAAUUGUACCCGUGCCAGAUGUCAGUCACAUACCAAUCAUACCACCAAGACCAGCAAUAAAAAUAAAUGGUUUUGGUCAUGCACACGAUGAUUCUCCGCAAUCACCACCGCCUGUACAAACACGUAGUAAUGUCAAUCGCCGUCGUAAAAUCGACUUGGACAUCUACUCUAGCCAUUCGAAUUCUCGCCUAUCGAAUAGCAGUUUUCUAGAUGAAACGUCCAGUUCCUCCACCGAUUGCAAUCAUCAUCUCUCAAGCAAACGGAGAAAAUUCACAAAUACCACAACCAAUCCCGUUGCAUCUGAUGCUGAUGCCAUCAUCACCACCAGCACCACCGCUAACAAUAUAAAUAAUAAUAAUAAUAACAAUAAUGAUAGUAACCACUCGACUGAUAUAGCCAAAACUUCUAGCAAUAGUAUUAACACUGAUUCAAUAGCCGCCGGAACUUCGUCGUCCUUCAUUGAAGCCGAAGCGAAUAAUAACAAUCGUAGCAAUAGCAACGAACAGCUAUUGCAUUCAUCUCAUCAUCUUCUUACCCCGGAUAGUGGGAUAAGUGAGGCCACACUUACACCUCAUUGUAGUGCUCCCGAAUGUCGCAAUCCAACACGAACUCCAUGUGAUCACAAUAGCGGUGCUAAUAGUGGCAAUAAUAUCGUUAAUAUAAAUUUGUUUCAACAAAAAGUCUCCAGGGUGCGGAGAAAUUAUCGAAAGAAAUUCGCCGAUGAGUCUGAAAGUGAUUAAGAAAAAGGAAAGGAGGAAGAAGAAAAGACCAGCAUGGAGAAGAUUUAAGUUAAGUUUUGUUCGAGCAGAAGCUGUGAUGCGUGGACGCUUUAUGUUGUGUGUCAUUUAAUUAUUUUUUUAUUUUUAAAUACAACAAUUUUCAUUUUAUUUUUAUUUUAUUUUCAUUCUAACAUUUUUUAUCAAAAUGAUAUUUUUUUCUUUAUUAGUUUUUAAGAGAAUUUUAUUUUGAAUAUUUUUAUUUUAUUUUAUUACAUCUAUAUAUUACGGGCAAUGGAUAAUUGUUCGUUUAUCUGCAAAAUUAUACCUACUUUAAUGAAAAAUAAUUUUGUUUUAUUGUUUUAUAAUUUACAACUUUGAGAAGAACUGUUAAAUACUUUCCUUUUCUUUGUAGA